GGGGAGAGUGAGAGAGGGGGAGGAAGAAGAGGAGGUCGUUGACUAUCUGUGCACCCGUCCAGCCCCGCCUCUGUGCCGGCUAAACAACACGGCUUCUUCACCUGGGAUCCGCGGCCGCCUGCCCGUGUGACAGUCAGACAGGGAGACGCGGCUGGGCAACACUCACCGCCACCCAUCGCUCAGCGCAGGAGACGGGCAGAGAGCGCCGCCUCCAUAAAUACUCCUUCCCCGAGCAGCCAGAAGGACGGAAGGAAGGAAGGAAAGAAGGAGGCAGUUUGGUUGACUCUCUUUCCCUGGAUUAUAAAUCUGAUUGAAGGGGAAUUUGCGCUGGAGAUUAUUAAUCGAUUCUUGCGGCAGUGAUAGGCAGAGAGAGACACAGAGGCGAGAUUCCUCUCUGUUGGAGGGAAGGAUUUUACACGGCGAGGAGGGGAGGCUGUUUGUUUGCAACCCCUCUCCCCCCCCCCUCCUCCCCCUUCCUUUCCUCCUCCCCGCUCUCCCUCCUCCUCCUCCUCCCCCGGCUCUUCGGCCCCUCUAGGCACGGCUAGCAUGGCCGUGAGCCGGGCGGAGAGGCGCGACUGCCUCUCGCCCUGUCUGUCCCCAUGCUAGCCAUGGCCAGGGCCAACGCGUCCUCCAGAAGAGACAACGCCGUGUUCAACAUGGAUCCCGUCAUCAUCCCCAUCGACGCCGAGAUGAUUUGUGACAGCAGCGACCAGCGCAUGUGGUGGGCUUUCCUCGCCUCCUCCAUGGUCACCUUCUUCGGGGGUCUUUUCAUCAUCCUGGUGUGGAGAACCGUCCAGUACCUGUGGGCUGUCUGUUGCCACUGUGGUCUCAAGAGCAAGGAUGUGCAGAAAAUUGGUGGUGCAGCCAAUCAGGCUGACGAUGCUCAGCAGGACCUGGAUGAGAAGGAGGUGGAGAUACCGCAGGGGGAGGUGGGCUGGAUGACCUCCGUCAAGGACUGGGCUGGAGUCAUGAUAUCCGCCCAGACUCUCACCGGCCGUGUUCUCGUGGUUUUGGUGUUUGCCCUCAGCAUUGGUGCACUUGUAAUAUACUUCAUAGAUUCUUCAGACCCAAUAGAAUCCUGCCAGAAUUUCUACGAUGAUUUCACAUUACAGAUUGACAUGGCAUUCAACGUAUUCUUCCUGCUGUACUUUGGAUUGCGGUUUAUUGCAGCAAAUGACAAGCUAUGGUUCUGGUUGGAAGUGAAUUCCGUGGUGGACUUCUUCACAGUGCCUCCUGUCUUUGUGUCGGUCUACCUGAGUAGAAGCUGGCUGGGUUUACGAUUUUUAAGAGCGCUCAGAUUGAUACAGUUCUCCGAAAUUUUACAGUUUCUAAAUAUCUUAAAAACAAGUAAUUCCAUCAAGUUGGUGAACUUACUCUCUAUAUUUAUAAGCACAUGGCUAACGGGAGCUGGUUUCAUACACUUGGUGGAGAACUCAGGGGAUCCGUGGGAAAAUUUCCAGAACUCCCAACCACUGACCUACUGGGAAUGUGUCUACUUGCUGAUGGUCACCAUGUCGACGGUCGGGUACGGAGACGUUUACGCACGGACCACGCUCGGCCGACUCUUCAUGGUCUUCUUCAUCCUCGGGGGUUUGGCCAUGUUUGCAAGCUACGUCCCUGAAAUCAUAGAAUUAAUAGGGAACCGCAAGAAAUAUGGUGGUACCUAUAGUGCGGUAAAUGGAAGAAAGCACAUAGUAGUGUGUGGACACAUCACACUAGAAAGUGUGUCCAACUUUCUGAAGGACUUCUUGCACAAAGACAGAGAUGAUGUGAAUGUAGAAAUUGUCUUUCUACACAACAUUUCCCCUAACCUUGAGCUCGAAGCUCUUUUUAAAAGACAUUUCACUCAGGUGGAAUUCUUCCAAGGAUCUGUCCUAAAUCCGCAUGAUCUCGCCAGAGUCAAGAUAGAGUCAUCAGACGCUUGCUUAAUUCUGGCGAACAAGUACUGCCCUGACCCCGACGCUGAAGAUGCCUCAAACAUCAUGAGGGUAAUAUCCAUCAAAAAUUAUAAUCCAAAGAUAAGAAUCAUAACACAGAUGCUACAGUAUCAUAACAAGGCCCAUCUGCUGAACAUUCCCAGCUGGAACUGGAGGGAGGGCGAUGAUGCAAUCUGCCUGGCCGAGCUGAAGCUGGGUUUUAUAGCUCAAAGCUGCCUGGCUCCAGGGCUAUCCACAAUGCUGGCCAACCUCUUCUCCAUGAGGUCGUUCAUCAAGAUUGAGGAGGAUACCUGGCAGAAAUACUACCUGGAAGGUGUGGCCAACGAGAUGUACACAGAAUAUCUUUCCAGUGCCUUCAUCGGCUUGUCCUUCCCUGCAGUGUGUGAGCUAUGCUUUGUGAAGCUGAAGCUGCUACUGUUGGCGAUUGAGUACAAAUCUAAUACAAGAGAAAGCAGCAUUUUAAUCAAUCCUGGGAACCACAUCAAGAUCCAUGAAGGCACAUUGGGUUUCUUCAUUGCAAGUGACGCCAAGGAAGUCAAAAGGGCCUUUUUCUACUGUAAGGCUUGUCAUGAUGACAUCACAGAUACAAAAAGAAUUAAGAAAUGUGGCUGUAAACGACUGAUAUAUUCCAAGAUGUCCAUCUACAAGAGAAUGAAACUCGCAUGUUGUUUUGAUUGCGGACGCUCUGAACGCGACUGCACUUGCAUGUCAGACAGUGUACAUAGUAACUUGGACACCCUUGAGAGAACCUUCCCACUUUCUUCUGUCUCUGUUAAUGAUUGCUCCACCAGUUUGCGUACCUUUCAUGAUGAAAACCCAUCAGUGCUGUCUCCCAAAAAAAAGCAACGGAACGGAGGCAUGCGAAAUUCACCCAACAGUUCACCGAAACUGACGAGACACGAUCCGCUGUCGGUCCCGGGGAACGAUCAGCUCGAAGAGAAUGAUGCCAGCGUGAAGAAAUACGAUUCCACCGGGAUGUUUCACUGGUGUCCUGCCAAAGAAAUGGAAAAGGUCAUUCUGACGCGGAGUGAGGCAGCCAUGACGGUAUUAAGCGGUCACGUGGUCGUGUGCAUUUUUGGCGACUUGAACUCAGCCCUGGUCGGUCUACGCAACCUGGUCAUGCCUCUACGGGCCAGCAACUUCCAUUACCACGAACUGAAGCACAUUGUUUUUGUCGGGACUCUGGAAUACCUGACGAGAGAGUGGGAGACCCUUCACAACUUUCCCAAAGUGUCGAUAUUACCGGGUACGCCAUUAUGUCGAGCUGAUUUAAGAGCUGUCAACAUCAACCUUUGCGACAUGUGUGUUAUUAUAUCAGCCAAUCAGAACAAUAUCGAUGAUUGUUCGCUCCAAGACAAAGAAUGCAUCUUGGCGUCACUCAACAUCAAAUCUAUGCAGUUUGAUGACAGCAUAGGGGUCUUACAAGCUAAUUCCCAAGGAUUCACACCUCCAGGGAUGGACAGAACAUCACCAGAUAGCAGUCCAGUCCAUGGCUUGGUGCGACCGACUUCCGUCAUCACAGGAGCCAAUAUCCCAAUGAUGACGGAGCUAGUUAAACCUGGCAAAUUGCUCCCUUUGGUUUCAUUCAGUCAGGAAAAAAACAUUGGAGCCAACAUCCCAAUGAUAACUGAGUUGGUCAAUGACUCCAACGUUCAGUUUUUGGACCAAGAUGACGAUGAUGACCCGGACACAGAGCUGUACCUGACGCAGCCAUUUGCCUGCGGCACCGCAUUUGCUGUCAGUGUGUUGGACUCCCUGAUGAGUGCGACAUACUUCAAUGACAAUAUCCUGACUCUGAUACGGACUUUAGUAACGGGGGGAGCCACGCCAGAGCUGGAAUCGAUGCUGGCUGAGGAGAACGCCUUGCGAGGCGGUUACAGCACCCCACAGACGCUGGCCAACAGGGACCGCUGCCGCGUGGCACAACUCGCCCUGUACGACGGGCCCUUCGCAGAUCUUGGGGAUGGUGGCUGUUAUGGAGACUUGUUCUGCAAGGCCUUGAAAACCUACAACAUGCUUUGCUUUGGAAUAUACCGACUGAGAGACGCACAUCUGCGAGCACAAAAUCAGUGUACUAAGCGAUAUGUGAUUGCAAAUCCACACUACGAGUUUGAACUUGUCUCAACGGAUGUGAUCUUCUGCCUGAUGCAGUUUGACCACAAUGCUGGCCAGUCGCGUGGCAGCGUAUCGCAUUCGUCUCAUUCCUCUCACUCUUCCAGCAAGAAAAGCUCGUCCGUACACUCCGUCCCAUCUUCAACCAACCGUUCGAACCGCGUCAAGACAAGGGAUCCCCGGGAAAAGCAGAAUGCGACAAGGAUGUCUAGAAUAAGCCAAGAAAAGAAAUGGUUUACAGAUGAAACUGAUAACGCCUUUCCCAGGAACAUUCAGAUAAAACCACUGAGCGGUCACAUGGCUAAUCAAAUCAAUCAGUACAAAUCCACCAGCAGUUUGAUUCCACCCAUCAGAGAGGUAGAAGAUGAAUGUUGAUACCUGUACAAACUCUAAACUGAGAGUGAAGCACUUUUAAACGGAUGCUGGUUUUGACACUCCACGGGCCUUGCCUUUACAGCAUUUGAAGGACCAUACAUGUUAUUCCACCAAGAAGCAGCAACUAUCUGCCCUUGAAAACUAUCUGCUUCUCCAGCAUGGAAACACAAGGAUUUAUUGAAUGGUGUCACUGAUAACUUGAAGACAAUCGAUGCAGACUGAAUAUUAUGGCCAGUUAUAAUUAGAAAGUCUUUAUUUUAUAAUGCAAAAACGUUGUCGUUUCCUACUUUAUCUCUCAUUUAUUUUUUGUGACCAGACUCGGAUUUAGUUUCCAUUUGGAGGAUGAAGGUCACGAGAAAAAUUAUUAGGCAAAUGUACGCAAUCCCUCAAUAAAACAAAAUAAUAAAACCAGUAUACUUCCAUCAGCGAGGCUUCCAUUGUGGCCUGAUGACUAGCAUGUGAGCGCUUUCAAGAACGUAAGUUGUUAUCUGUCCUGUGUUCAGGUAGAGCAUAGAGCAAAUCCUGUGUUAAAAUCUAUUCAACAAUAUGUCACUGCCCCUUAUUCAGCUUUCCUUCUCUGAAGUGUUCUGUUUCGUUAAGUUACGAAAGUGCUUGACCGUAUGGCCUCCUGUGGAACAGAUCAAGCCCUGUGCUACUUUUCUGUAAAUCAUCACCCAUUUGAUUUCUGCUUUUAAAUUGUUUUUGAAAUGGGAAGUUUAAGACCACGAAUUGGUUAAUACACAUCAUAGUAAAGUAGAUUGCACUUUGUGGAAGGUAAAGCAACAUUAAUGUUCAUUCGAUGAAGUAGAAAACAUUGCAAAGUUGAUUAACUAAAGCAAGCUUGCACCGCACCUUAACCUAGUUCAGAGUUCCCAAGCCACACUUACUGACCUGAAGAGCUCAAUGUGUUGACACCCACUGGUCCCCCUCACCACUCAUCGAUCCAAUAGCCACCACAAGAAGACAGCCGGCCUAGGCUUAAUGCAAACUCACAGCACCAGGAUGGGAAGAGAUAUACCGCAAGCACUCUUAUUCUUUGCACUCACACUUUACUGUGACAAUCCUACAAGGUUAGACUGUCUUCAGCUAAAACUUCUCUCAGCUUCAUUGUUCAGUGGCCGUAACACUGAACACUUCCACGCUGCAACCAGAUAACACCUUGCUCUGGAGUGAAUUUUGAAUUGUGGUUACAUUGUUGUUUCAUUUUGUAGGCAGUAGGGUGGAGCAAUUGUGAAUAAAAUAUAAUACUACCGAUUGGGUUAUUAAUAAGGAAUACUUGCUAACCUGUUUUAAUCUUCAGCAUCUGCCAUUCAAGUUUGACUUUCAUGCUUUCGCAGCUUGGGAAUUAAGUGGAUUAAAAUCCGCCAACAAGUGAAAGCUAACUUUACGGCUCUUACCGAUAAAAAUAUGCAUUUUCAUCAUUAUUUGGCAUGUUUUAGGUUUUGCAUUUGUACAACUUUCCUUCUUUAUAUUUCGUUCCUGGACUCCCUGUCACUCCGUUUGCUCAAUUGCUCCCAACAGCCUUGCCAUGAGGAUGGAGAAUCAUAGCAAGGACUCCUGCCUCCCUCUUAAUUUUUAUUUUUGGUUUGCAAUUCUAUUUUUAACGAGUUUCCUUUCGCUUGGAAAUUAGAGAAGAAUAAUAUGACGCUGCUCAGACAUGAGUGAUCUAGCUGUCAUAUCUGAUAUCUGGUGAUAAUAUUUUGUCUUGUACAAAAAAGAGUUUGUACAUAUAUUGUACAUGGUUUCAUUUUGUAUUUUUCUCAGAUUAAAACUGUUGUAUUUGUGUCCUAAAGGAA